UCGUGGCGGCGUGAGUACACGCGCACGGAACGAGCGAGUUUGUUACUCGAGGAGCGCGAGUUUGCGAUCAGAACAGUGUUUAUUCCACGCGGAUCGCGGAACGAAGCAUGCAAGCGGCUAGAAAUCACACGAAGGAACAGGUGUCACACUGUAAUCCAUUUCUACCACAUAUCUAAAUACUUUCAACCAAUCGAUAUCCGAAAUUCUUCGAAAAAGUUCUCCUCCUUAUUUCGAAGAAUCUUCGUCGCUAUCAGAGAUCGUUCCAACUGAUGCGAUGUCGCGAUCGUAAAACCCCAAUUUCCAGAACUUCCAGUUGAGACUUAUCAUGAUCCAAUUGAUUGACUCGAAAGAUCCGCGAAACACCUGAAGAGAACACCUGUGUCUAAUUCUACGUAUUCGUCGUGAUAGUAGUCGCGCCAUCGCAGGUGUUUCAAUUCGGUUCUAAUCAGAUGUUUAGAGGAAUCUGCUUUCCGAAAGUUUCUUGGAAUUUGCGAGGUGAAAACAUACACAAUCGUGUCGAAGAAGCGGAUAUUAUGAAUCAUAAGCGAUCAGAUAAUCUUAUUAAAUGGUGAUUUAAUGUGAACUGAUAAAUGCUAGGAAAUGCUUCUCUGGCGCGAAGUUCCUUCGAAUUUUCAAAUAAGACGUGUUUAAUGGAGAUUUGGAAAACCAUGUUUAAGAGUCAAGCAUGUUAUAGUGAGUGAUAGAUGGGAUGAUCAUUGAAAUAGUGAUAUAACACGAUAUGAUAAAUAUGAGGAUGAAUCAUUUGAUCCGAAGAUCAGCUAAAUAAAGAAGCCUACUACGAAUAUAUAAUGCGAAUUUUGAUGGAUUUUGCAUGUGGGUAUUCGAUAGAAAAUUAUAUUGGAAAGAAUCGAGUGUUAGAGGAAAAAAUGAUUCAUAAAGUGGUGUCGUCAUACGAGUGGAAGGUAAACAGGUGCACUAUGAUAAGUUUGUACUUUUUUCUUCGUUAAAUCGAUAACGAAAAAAGAAAGCGUAUGGAGACAUAGACGAGACAACGAACCAAUAUCUCUUAUCGACUUCUACGUGCUUCUUGAAUAUCUAAUUCUACCGUCAAUUUACAAAAUAUUUUUCGUCGACCCAACUGAUAUCACCACCUUCGAAAGAAACUACGAUGCAAGAAAUAAAUUUGAAUAACGUCUGAAGAUCUUCCUCCUCCAUUGAAUUAGAAUUUUCUGACGAAUUCGUGAAAAGUGAAAUAAAAAUGUCUCCGAGCAAGGAUCGAGUUCCAGCCAGCGCGUGCGAAGUGUCGCAAUUGAAAGAUGAAUAUAAGGAGAACGAUUCGAAGAAUCGUAAGUUGGCUGAAACAGACGACUAUUUGGCGGUUGACGAAACUUACCGUAGCAGUAAAGUGGAAUAUGUUCCUCGUAUCACGUGGCCGGAUUUCAUCGCGUUAACUUUCGUUCACGUAGGCUGCAUUUACGGAUUAUACCUUAUCUUCGCCGAAGCUAAGCUUCUUACCACGUUAUGGGCGUUCGUGGUUAUAUACACUUCCGGUUUCGGUAUAACCGCGGGGGCGCACAGGUUGUGGUCUCACAGGGCGUACAAAGCGAAAUGGCCUCUUCGAUUCUUACUAAUAUUACUGUUCACCAUAACUGGACAAAAACACGUGUACGCGUGGGCGUUGGACCAUAGGGUACAUCAUAAAUAUAGCGAAACCGAUGCGGAUCCCCACAACGCGAAAAGGGGUUUUUUCUUCGCCCACGUGGGCUGGCUUUUUACGACACCUCAUCCUGAUGUCGUGGCAAAACGAAAAGCAGUGGACAUGAGCGACUUGGAAGCUGAUCCACUUGUCAUGUGGCAAAAGAGAUACUACAUACCUCUGUUUGCCCUUCUAACCAUUGGAUUUCCGGUCGGCGUGCCUUGCUACUUCUGGUCAGAAUCUGUCUGGACAUCUUUCUGGGUGAACUUCAACUUUCGUUUCUGCGUUACGCUCAACAUAGCCUUCUUCGUGAAUAGCGUGGCUCACAUGUGGGGCCAACGACCUUACGAUAAAUACAUCUCUCCAGUGGAGAACGUGGUGGUUUCGAUCGCGGCCCUAGGCGAAGGUUGGCACAACUUUCAUCACGUAUUUCCGUGGGAUUAUAAGACUGGAGAACUUGGCAACUACACGUUCAACUUGACUACGGGCUUCAUCGACGCUUUUGCACACAUCGGUUGGGCUUACAAUCGUAAAUACGUGUCACCAGCGAUGGUUCGGCGCAGAGCGAUCAGAUCUGGCGAUGGCAGUCAUGUUUGGGGCUACGGUGAUGCCGACAUUCCAAUUGAGGAUCUCCAGGAAUUAAAACAGAUGGACAGGAAGAAAGAGUGACAAUGUAUUCUUAGUGAUUACACGUUGACGUUGUGUUCCUUCUAUUUCUGCGAGUGUUGCGAACAAUUGAACAAUUGAACGUACAGGAGUGUAUGACACGAAUUAUGAAUCACCAUGUUGUGAUUUUUUCUUGUGUCGUUCGGUGAAUUUUAUAUGUUAUUGUUUUAUAUGUAUAUAUAUACAUACAUAUAAAUAUGUGUAUGUUAUUGUUGUAAGUAUUAUAUGUAUCGAGCAGAAGCUGCUUCAGUGCGACGAAAUCGAUACAUGUAUCAAGCGUAUCAAUGUAUCAAUGUUUCUAUAGUGGCGAUAGCCACUUUAUGCCAUUAGACGAACAAUAAUAUUGUCAAUAUUUCAAGGUUCUUAACGAAAAUGUGGUUUAUCGAUAAAUAUUGACACUAUAUAUUGAUCCUUUUAGUUGGGAACCUUGAAGUACAAUGUAUAUCGAAAAUCUGUAAACCUCUUAGAUCUCCAUGCUCGAUCAUCUAUCGCUCUAACCGUCUUCCAACGGUUCCUCCUUUGUUUCUACGAUUCUUGAUCGCGCGUUAUUCUUAUGAUAUAGACCUAAUUUCUAUCUCCUUUUAAUUUAUUCUUUCUCAGUGACACGAGAAAUUCAAGAAUUUGAUAUAUAUUUAUAUAUAUCGGUAUUUUUAAAUAUUUGUAACCAAAUUAAUAAUUUCAAUAUUGAAUAAUACAUUUCCAGUCAUUUUCAAAUACAAUUAAGCGAAAAAAAGAAAACUGAGGAAAUUUUCGUCACUGUGAUUGGGAUUUUAAAAAUCCUCCCGCAUUGAACGUAUUAAGAAAUUUGGAAGACGUCAGGUGAAUUUCGUCUCUUAUGAUAGUUUCUUUUUGGAUGUACAAUCUUCACGAGAUUGUUGAUAGCAGAAUUCACUAUGUGUUCUUUGAAAUAAUUUGCAGCUUUUCGUACUUGAGAAACUUGUAAGUCGGUCUCAUAAGUUAAUGAACCUAUCGUCAAUCGAUUUUUAGUCGAUUAAGACAAGCCGUCUUUGUGAGCAUAAUGUACAAAAUAGUUUCUAUUUUUAAAUAAGAAAUAAAAUAUAUGUACAAUGUCAAUGAA